AUGCCUCAAAAAAGGACAUCUUCCCGUGGUGGAUGAUCGCCGUGGUGGUCGUCGUUUUCAUGACGGCAUCGAUUGUGAUCGGGAUUUGUAUGCGGAAAUUUUGCCCUCGGAUGUGCUGCUGCAUCAACACCCACCUGGAAGAAUUGGACAAGCUCGAGGCCGCGGCGCCAAACUACUAUUCCAGCUCGCCAAGUGCCAAGAAUUUGGAGCCAAUAAACCCUCCCCCAGACGACUGGGAAAUCGGACCAUAUUCCCUUGAAAUCAGCGCUGAUCGCUUGGGCUCCGGUGCGUAUGCGGUGGUGUAUCGCGGAAUUCUGAGGGGCAUACCCCCAAUUCUAAAGGUUGCCCCGAGUAUACAGUUAUCCAUCUCAUUAAACGCCAACGAAAACGUGGUUGCUGUGAAAAUGGCGCAUGCCCAUGCGUCGAAUACCGAUUUAACCGAAUUCCAGCAGGAGAUUGCCUUCAUGAAAUCCCUUGGCUAUCACCCGCAUUUGGCAUCACUUCUCGGCUGCCAGACAGACCCACUUCAACCCUGUAUCGUAACGGAAAUCUGCGAGCGCGGAGAUUUGCUCGGCUUAUUACGAUCAGAGGUUAAAGAAGACACGAAUUUCCUGACCAUCGACGACUUCCUGAAUAUAUCAUGGCAAAUUAGCGAUGCACUGGUAUACUUGGCUGCCAAAAACAUCAUUCACCGCGACGUGGCCGCUCGUAACGUGUUGGUCACUGAUAAUAAGGUUGUAAAGCUGUCCGAUUUCGGACUGUGCCGCUUCAACGAUACAUUCCUCUACACGACCAGGGGUGGAAGAUUGCCGAUCAAAUGGAUGGCCCCGGAAUCCCUGGAAUUUGCACAGUUUUCGACAAAAACUGAUGUCUGGUCCUACGGCGUGCUAUUGUAUGAGUUGUACUCGUGGGGGAUGAGUCCGUACUUUGCCCAGGAGCCCGAGGAGAUGCUCAACUAUUUGAAGCAGGGCGGCCGGUUGAUGGUGCCGGAAUGCCCGGUUAUUAUAAGAUCGCUAAUGACGCGCUGCUGGUCUUUUGGGCCAGAUGACCGGCCGGAUUUCGAAGAAAUCCGAUCGACGAUAUAUGCCAUUUUAAGGGCUGUUAAUGGGGGUGACGGGUAUUUGGAUGUCGCAUUGGACUAUUGUCAAGUU